GAUUCAUUAAAAUUUUGAGCAUGAAACAACGUAUCUUGCCUUAUAUGACGACGAGAUUUAGUCGUACUCCUCAACUGUUUUUCAACGGCCUCUGUGUAUUACUGUUGUUCAGUUUGGUGAAUGCUGAUAAGAAUAUUGCUAUAACGAAUAAUCCAGUAGGUUCAUUCCAGCAGAUAAAUGCAUGGCCUGACUUCCAACUAGCUGCAUUUACAGACUUGAAUGCUGAUCGUCGAAUGGAUAUUAUAUUUGCCAAUAAUGAUGGUACAAAGUUAUUCGCUGUUAUCCAACCAAGCGCUAAAGGCUUUCAAUUUGCUUCAACAACACAAAAUAGUAUUAAUUUUGCUCCACCUGUUGAAAUAAUGGGUAACGUCUUACCGAAGACUAUUCGAAGUGUCGCCACUGCUGAUUUUGACGGAGAUUCUCGAGUUGAUCUGUUAUUGAUUACUUCUGAUUCUGUCACUGGCCCUUUCGAUACUUAUAUUGCUUAUGGUUUAAAAGGUGAAAAUCGUGGGAAAUUCGGUUCACCUCAACUCGUGGACACUUUUGCCUCUCAACCAUUGGUAUGUGAUGUAAACUCGGAUAUGAUCGCAGAUUUAUAUGGUGAAACACCAAAAGGCGAAAGAGUGGUUUAUUUUGGCGGGGGUGAAUUGAAGAAACUGUCUGCCCCAUACGCUGGUCCAUCAUGGUCACGACUUGGUUAUUCAGCCUUUGGGGAUGUUAACGGAGAUGAUAUCCCUGAUUUUGUUAUUCUUGUGGAUGAUGGAAAUACACAACAGCUACAAGUUAUAAUCCGAAGCCUGUCAUCUGUCGGUGCAUUACCUGAUGUGUCUAAUGCUGAACUGAUUGAACUUGAUCCUAAAUUGUUGAGCUCACCACGGUCUGUUUUAGGCCUGUUUGUUUUGAAUGACUUCGACUACGAUGGAUCAAUUGAUUUACUGCUACCUGUGUGUACAGAUGCUAAAUGUUUGGACUCUAGUUACAUGUAUAUGUAUUCCUUUAAACAUAAAAAAUGGUCCCCUAUUGACAUAAUCUGGCAACCUUCAAAUGCCAAGGAAGACAGUGAAUUGAAAUGGUCUUUAACAUCAAUUCCACAAAUAAAGUCGAAUGCUCUACUUACAAGUUCUUUAGUUGGUCCGACUGUCGGUGAUGUCAACAUGGAUGGUAAACCUGAUAUUGCUAUGGGAGUUACAAGCUACACAAAAAGUGGUCAAGCUACAGGAAAUUAUCCAGCAAUAUUCAUUAAUCAAGGAUUUAACUCACGUGGAGUUCUUACUUUCCAACUUACUCUACUAUCCGGUGUUGAAUUACCACCAGAUAAUAAAGGAAUACGCCAGUUGGCCUUCUUUGAUCAAGCUGAUGAUAGCAUUCUAGACCUGUUCGUUGUUUCGCUAAAUUCUCAUGGCCAACCAUCGGCUCAAUUAUUCCUUAAUUCUAUCGAUGCGGAUCCAUACUUUAUCAAGGUUACUGUUCUUAAUGGACUUUGCUCAUCUUCUGAUGCAUGCUCAGAUGGCAGACUACCUUAUGGUCUUCCAGUGACUGGUAUAAGCUCUGUUCUGGAUACUGAAGCUGCCUCAGGUGGUCGUCAACUUUCCUCUGCACUGUUAAGUUCUCAGAGUUGUUGUAGUGCUCUUCAAGUACCGUUUGAAGUAUUAGGCUUGGGUCCAUUUGCAAAUUAUGUAGAAAAACUAACUGUGUCGAUACCUCCGUCUAAAAAUGCUAUUCGAUCACGUUUACUAUCAUUCAUAGUUCCCAAAGCUCAAAUUGUUAUCAAUCCAUUUCCUUUGAAUAAUCCUUCAGCAUGGACUAUGAAAUUGUUUCUACAGCCAUUGUACAACAUGAAGGUCUUAUACAUAGCCAUUACACUACUAUGUAUCUGUAUACUACUCUUAAUUAUCAUUGGUAUUCUUCAAUGGUUCGAGUUUCGUGAAGAUCGGUUAGAAAAGCAGAAAGAAUCACAACGUUUCCAUUUUGACGCAAUGUGAAUUAAAAAAACAAAACAAACUAUAACACAUAAAAGAGUUAAGAAGACAGAGAAACACCUUGAGUGUAGAUUACAUACAGCGCUGAAGCAAAAUAGUACAAUUCGUUGACUCUAUUGUAUUCAAAUAUAUAUAUCUGUAUCUGAUUUACACUUUCCUGAACGUGUUUGCAUUCUCGAGGAGUGUUAUAAAGAGGCUGUGAUCCACUCUGACUUUCUUUUCUACAAAUCGUUGUUUGUGAUCGUAUCAUGAGAUUUCACUUUUUUUUUAAAAAAACAUUUUUAUUUUACUAAUUGUUCUUUGUGCACACACAGCUUUUUUUUGUUGUUGUUGUCGAAGUUAACCGAAAAUCUCAUGACAUUCUGUGUAUGUUUAGUUCUCUUCUGGUUUAUAACCUAAUUUUUUCUUCCGUUGUCAUUGACACUUAUUGUGCUUUACUAUUUUAAUUUUAAUUUUUCAUCGAUAUCGUUUAGUAUGGAGAUUGUCGAGUGUUUGGUAUAGUAUUGUAUGAAUUUUAUGAAUCCGUUUUAUUUUUAUUUGUGAUUGACAAUUUAUUUGUUGUUUUAUUUAAAUAAACCAGAGGUUUUUCAA